CAGUCAGGAGCGUCGCAGCGCGUUGAGCGGAGGCGGAGGCGGAGAAAGCCGAGCAGGAUUAAUCGGCUACACUUUAGAUUUAAUUUUUAGAGAGUUCUCGUGAUUUCCGGUCGCGUUAACGUGAACAGUGAAACCCGUCCAGCGGCGCGAGAGACUGACAUGUUGCCGUUUAGGUGCUCGGUAGCUUUGAGGGAGCUGCUCAAACCGAACCGCACGCGUCCGUUAUUGUGCAGCAUCGCCAGGGAUGAGACGUCACAAGCCGCUCGCGACAAUGUCACACCGGCGACGGGGACUGGGACUGGGACGGACGCGCGCGCUCCCGCCGGAGGAUGCCGCCGUUAUCUGUGCACGAGCGCCGGGCAACCGAGAAACGGCAACCGAGAUGGAGCCAACGAGAAAAGAAGGAAGGGAGGAAUCCUGCCCAGUCUGGAGGAUCUGCUCUUCUAUACCAUCGCCGAGGGCCAAGAAAAAAUUCCAGCGCACAAGUUUACUACGGCAUUAAAAGCGACAGGUCUGCGUACAGGAGAUCCCCGUCUGAAGGAGUGUAUGGAGAUGCUGAAGAUCACACUGAAGACCACGUCUGAUGGAGCUCUGGAUCGACACCUUUUUAAAAAAUGUGUCCAGAGCAACAUUGUGCUGCUCACUCAGGCAUUCAGGAAGAAGUUUGUGAUUCCUGAUUUCCAGUCGUUUGCGUCGCACAUCGAUGAGCUGUAUGACAACGCCAAGAAGCUCUCUGGAGGACAGGUGGCAGACUACAUCCCCCAGCUGGCUAAGUUCAGUCCUGAUUUCUGGGCCGUGUCUCUCUGUACUGUUGAUGGCCAGAGACACACAGCAGGUGACACCAAAGUGCCGUUCUGCCUGCAGUCGUGUGUGAAGCCGCUGAAAUACGCCAUCGCCGUUCACGAUCACGGCACCGAGUACGUGCACCGCUUCAUCGGGAAAGAACCCAGCGGACUGCGCUUCAACAAGCUGUUCCUCAACGAGGAUGAUAAGCCACACAAUCCGAUGGUGAACGCAGGAGCGAUAGUCUGUACCUCACUCAUCAAGCAAGGUGCCGGUAACGCAGAGAAGUUUGACUAUGUGAUGAACUUCAUGAAGAAGAUGGCAGGAAACGAGUAUGUGGGCUUCAGCAACGCUACGUUUCAGUCUGAGAGAAUGUCUGGAGACAGAAACUUUGCCAUCGGCUACUAUCUGAAGGAGAAGAAGUGUUUCCCAGAGGGCACGGAUAUGACCGCUAUCCUGGACUUCUACUUCCAGCUAUGUUCUAUAGAGGUGACGUGUGAGAGUGCUAGCGUGAUGGCGGCUACGUUGGCCAACGGAGGAUUCUGUCCAAUCACAGGCGAGCGUGUGCUGAACCCCGAGGCUGUGAGGAACACGCUGAGCCUCAUGCACUCCUGCGGCAUGUACGACUUCUCUGGCCAGUUCGCCUUCCAUGUGGGUUUACCAGCGAAGUCAGGUGUGUCUGGUGGUAUUUUAUUGGUGGUUCCCAAUGUGAUGGGUAUCAUGUGCUGGUCUCCUCCUCUGGACAAACUGGGGAACAGCGUCCGCGGCAUCAAGUUCUGCACGGAUCUGGUGCAGCUGUGUAACUUCCACAACUAUGAUAAUCUGCGUCACUUUGCUAAGAAGCUGGAUCCUCGGCGAGAGGGCGGAGACGAGCGGGUGAAAUCUGUUAUUAAUCUGCUGUUUGCUGCCUACACAGGGGACGUCUCUGCACUGAGGAGGUUCGCUCUGUCCUCGAUGGACAUGGAGCAGAGGGAUUAUGACUCCAGGACGGCGCUCCAUGUGGCUGCUGCUGAAGGUCACUCCGAGGUUGUGCGCUUCCUUCUCGAGGCGUGUAAGGUGAACCCCGAGCCCAGAGACAGGUGGGGGAACACACCCAUGGACGAGGCCGUACACUUUGGUCAUCAUGACGUUGUGACGAUUCUGCAGGAUUACCACAACAAGUACAGUCCUCAGGAGCCCAGCGCUGCCGGGGAAAAGGAGACGGCAGAGAAGAACCUGGACGGCAUGCUCUGAGAGUGUGUGUGUGUGUGUGUGUGUGUGUGUGUGUGUGUGUGUGCGUGCGUGCGCGCCAUGUUCCUGUUGAUUAUCUCAGUAGACUCUGUGUAAGUAUGUGAUCACGUGUUUGUGCAGAAGUGCGUAUUUAUAAUGGAUCUUGUUAGACGUGUGUGUGUGUGUGUGUGUGUGUGUGUGUGUGUGUUGUGGUGUUGUGUGAUGCUCCACUGGGUUGCCAGCUUGGUGAAAUUCUGCUCAGUGUCAUUUCUGUCUCUAUUUAAUCAGGAAACAUUGACUAUAAAUAAAUCAAUAUUCUAAUUGUUGCUAUAAUUUCACGACCGAGGAUUUAAAACCUCUCAAUCUGGCAACCCUGCGACGUUCUCACACUGUUUCCCUUUACUGCAGGCGUGCUGUUUAUCCACACACACUCCGAAUGUGUUGUAUAUUAUGUAUAAGUGUAGUGUUAGAUAUUGGGAAAUAUUUACAGUCGUAGUUUUUGUUUUUUUUUUGUAAGAUAGUUACAGAAAGGAGGAUUUUAGAUUUUCAGGCUUGGGAUCGUGGAUGAGCUUUUAUUCGAACGCAUUGUUGUUUGCAUUUUUAAUGGAUUUUAAAGGGUUAACGGUAUAGAAAUGCAUCAGUAAUCACCAACACAGUACAUCACAAUAUUCAACAUGAAGCAGGGAUUUCACAUUCAUUAAAAAAUGCACGUAAACAUGAACUUCUUGCUUGGAAGAUCUCCAACUGUAAAGACACGCCCCCUUUUCCACAGUCAUGUGACUCACGUCAAAUGCGGUUUCGACUUGCAUGAGGUGAAUAAAAGUGAUCAUAGGGAACACAGUUCAAAUCUAAAAUCCUAAAAUGUUUUCAGUUUGUACCUUUAAGGGAGCUUUUAAAGGCUCCAUACAGAACUUCAGAACAAAGCGUUUCGCUCUCAGCAGUAGAACCCGGUUAGAAAGCUAUUUCUCACGAAGUUAACGCUAAGCAACGUAACGGACGAAGAUUACAGUAUUUUACAGACAGAACAAUGGCUUCUAUGUGAGUUGUUUGUAAACCCGGCGAAUAAAAAACAGAAAUCAGUUAUUGUGAUGUGUCACAGGUGUGUGAGGAUUUUAACACGUGGCUCAGCCAAUCAGAUUGUAGAACUGAAACAAACUGUUUUAUUUAAAAAAAAAAAUUAAAGGUGCAUUAGGUAAGAUUUUUUUCUAAAUUUGUAAAGAUUAGGUAUAGUACGUGGAGGUGAAUAUGAUUUGAACUAUUUAUUCAUUCCUUGAGCCCGCCCCUCAUUCCCACCCAUGUACACAAAGCUCCGCCCCCAGAACCUACAGUGGUAGAAUUAGCAAGGACUGUCAUGACAUCACUUCCAUAUUCGGCUGCUUGAAAGCCGAGUGAUAACACUAUAAACACGCGCAAAUUACGGCUCGAGCUGAUUUAUGAGAAUGGUUGUGAGAAAAAGCGUGCCUUCGCUGUCCUGUUUUUCUUCGUAAUGAGCUCUCAUGAGCUUUUAAGCUCCGGGUUUAGCAUUUAACCUGCGCUACAUACGUACGAUUCUGUGCAGCUGGUUUAUCCAAAUUUACUCGAUUGGCUCUCUAAGUAAUAAAAACGUAUCAACUUGAUUCAUUAUAUAAAGCUGUCGUUCAUGUCGUUUAAGUUGCGUCCAGCUUCAUGCUCAUCGUCAGUAAUAAAUGACUCCAUCUUGGGGGAAAAACUCGUGUCAGUGUUUAUUCUGGUUUUACUGCGUUUCUUGUUACGUUUUUUUUUAAACACAGGAGAAUUAUCUGGCUGCCCUGGGUGCUUACUGAUUUCAGACUGAGAUGUGGGCGGAGUUUAGUGACGUUAAAACGCGUCUAUAUAAUGACUGACGAGCGUCAUCUAAACACAACAAUCACUCUGGACCAUAACACAGUUUUCCAAACGGUUUUCUCAGCCACACAAAUACACUUUCAUGGCUUAUCGUGCUCCAUUUUGGAACAGGCUGCCUCCAGAGUGUGUUUGACGAACUCACACAUAAUGUACAACUCUAAAGCGUUCUUAUUUAUACACCUGGGGUGUGUGUGUGUGAUCUUUCCUCACACACUUUAUCCCGGAAGUGUGUGAGCGUGUGUCUUCUGUGCUGUAGUUUAAAAGUGGGUUUAACCUUGUAUUAUUGUGAUGUACUGUACUGGUGAUUAUGGGCUGGUGUGUGUUUAGCAUGUGAUUGUACAGGAUGCUUCGUUUUGUGUGUGUGUGUGUGUGUGUGUGUGUGUGUGUGUGGUUUUAGUGACUGAGGUCUUUUCUGAAUGCACUGAAGUGUGACAGAUGAGUUUUAGGGACCAGAGAACUUGAGACAGGAGGCAAGAUGUUGUAAAGACCAAAUCAGACUCACAGCAAGUUUGUUUACUUCUUUGUGUAUUUAUUUAUUUGUUAGAUGGAAAUGACUUGAAACAAAUGAACAAAAAAAUCCCAAAAGAAAUUCCAGCCUGGAGAUACUGAUCACACGGAUCUGUCGGUGAGAAUAAUCAGUGGAUUAUGUUUGCGUUUUUUACAUUUACAAAGGUACUAAAAUAUACUAAAGGUAUGUGAUCUUAUCCGUGUAAGACAUCAGCAUCAGGGACACUAGCUGUCUUCUAAACACUGUUAAAUUGGACACUAGUGUCCUUAUUAGUGGACAUAAAAAACACAUUAAAAAAAAACACGUCAUUUAAACACAAUAUCUUGAUCAUAUUGUAAACUGUGAUAUGUGAAGAAAUUCUAACUACAUGUCUGUUAUAUACAGUUGAGGUCAAAAGUUUACAUCCCCCUUUCAGAAUCUGCAAAAUGUUCAUUAUUUUACCAAAAUAAGAGAAUCAUACAAAAUGCAUGUUGUUGUUUAUUUAGUGCUGACCUGAAUAAGAUAUUUCACAGAAAAGAUGUUUACAUAAAGUCCACAAGAGAAAAUAAUAGCUGAAUUUAUAUAAAAAUGACCCCGUUCAAAAGUUUACAUCCCCUUGAUUCUUAAUACUGUGUUGUUACCUGAAUGAUCCACAGCUGUGUUUUUUUGUUUACUGAGAGUUAAAAUAAAGUAUAAAACUUUUUGAAUUUGAAGAUCAGGGUAAAUUUAACUUAUUUUGUCUUCUGGGAAACAU